GUUCAUUGUGCAUCCAGCUUAACUUGCAAGUUAGGUUAGGUUGCGUCAGCGUUCUAUAAUAUAAUUCUGAUCAUUCCGCGCGACUCCUUAUAUUUGACGUUUUGAUUUUAUGUGACGUUGCUCAUAAAACCGAUGGUAUGCUGUCAAGAAAGAACAAAGAUCUGAGGAUGAUCAAAGAAGGGGUAGUCGGAAAAUAUGUGAAGAAGGAAACGCCACCCGAAAUGCCAAUUAUCAACGUAUGGACGACAGAGCCGAACAAAAGACAGAGACGGCGUAACAAUCAUCCGAUGAUGUCAAAUUCUAUGUUUUGUACAGCAUCUCAAGCAGCAGUUGGCCCAGAACCAUUGAAACAUAUAAGAAGACAUCUGAAGAUAUUGAUUUUUAUCGAUGCUUCUCUCGUGUCAUAGUCCAUUUCUCCACAACCUAGUAUGGUGCAAAAGUUCGGAAAUACGAAAACCACAAACAGUGCCGUCGGUUUGGGCAACCAUGAGGGAAAAUAUACGCCGAAUAAUUCAGUUCCUGACUUAGCUCAAAGAUUUGCCAGCCUUUCUAUUAAUACCGGAGUAAAUGACUGCAUGUUUUCGAGGACCGCGACACCAAUAUAUCAUCCUGAACUGUCACCUGCAAUGUCACAUACUUAUAUUAAUCAAUAUGCUGGAUCCGAGUAUCAUUUGGACAGGGUGCAGACACCACAGAUGCCUUAUAUGCCUUUCGACACAGAUACCAGUUACGAGGAUUAUAAUCAGUAUCGUCGCAAUGCUGGUUACAGUAGAUGUUAUUCGGAGAGAUCAAGUUCUCGAAGCGAGCAGCAGCAGGAUGAGUUACCUUUGCCGCCUGGAUGGUCGGUCGAUUUCACUCUUCGUGGUCGAAAAUACUAUAUCGAUCAUAAUACUAAAACCACACAUUGGUCGCAUCCGCUCGAAAAAGAGGGAUUGCCCACUGGAUGGGAGAGAAUUGAAUCUCCUGAAUAUGGCGUUUAUUAUGUUAACCAUAUCACACGUCAAGCGCAGUACGAACACCCAUGUUAUCCUCACGAAAUGCAAGCGGUACGCGUCGUGUCGCCACCGCGACACACUCACUUUCAUUCUCAUAGCGUUUUAGUGCCGGCCAAUCCCUAUCUCAACGAAGAGAUACCACAUUGGUUACAUGUAUAUAGUCGGGCUUCGAUAGCUCUUGAUCGCAAGCUACGCUGGGAAUUGUUCCGUUUACCUGAAUUAGACUGUUUUAACGCCAUGCUUACCAGAUUGUACAAGCAAGAACUAGAGGAGGUUGUGAUGCGUUAUGAAGAGUACAGAUCAGCGUUAUUGUGUGAGAUGGAACAAAGAUUGAAGGAACUGAAUCCAGAAUCAAGUAGUUCCAACGUUGGUGCUAUUGCUUUAAGAAGAUCUCUUCCAUAAGAGAUCUGCUAAACAAUUCAUUUUUUUUUCGACUAAUGGACAGAUUUCUUGGAAAUACGAUGAUGAUUAGUUGUAUUCAGAAAACAGUAGAGCAAACACUGUAAUUUAUAUCAAUGAUUGGAGCAUCUUUACAUUCAUGAUGAAUAGUAAAAUAUAGCAAUGAUAGCACUUA